AUGAGGGCUGCGACAGAGACGUUACAUUGGCUCACGGCCAACCCCGUGCCUUCGGCAGUUGUCUUGCUGGUCGGAGCUCUCCUGGCCGGGUGUAUAUAUCGACUAUAUAUCCAUCCGUUGUCUGUCGUCCCUGGGCCCAGGAUCGCCGCCUGCACAUCGCUGUGGCUGGCGUACCAUACGUACGUCGGGGAUGAGAGCUCUGCGAUAUUUGACCUGCACGAGAAAUACGGCCGCGUUCUCCGGGUUGCUCCCAAUGAUGUUGACAUCGAUGAUGGAGACGCCGUUGAGCCCAUUUACAUCGCGCGCGGUGGAUUUCCCAAGACGGCAGCAUACUCGAAAUUUGACAUUGACGGGCAUACGACGAUCUUUUCCACUCUGACGCUUCCGGAGCGUGCGAGCAGGGCGAAAGCAGUAGCGCCCCUGUUUUCGACAGCUUCCAUUCGCAAUGCCCAUUCGACCAUCGGCUGCGUCUUCGAUGACUUCGUGGAGAGAUUGAGAGCCGAAGCCCGCACGGGCAAGCCGGUCGACGUGCUGAAUAUCUCACGGUCGAUGGCCAUCGAUGUUGUGAGCACGUAUCUGUUCCAGCAACGAUACGGCGCAAUCUCGGAGCAGUCCGAGAUGAUGUCUGCGUCCCCGUUUGUGGAUUCCUACGUCGGCGUCGGAGCCUACUUCAAUUUGAUGAUGGGCAAGAUAGGAGACCUGGUCAUGACGAUUGUCGAGUGGUGCAUUGCCAAUGCGAAGACUGAAGCGGCCUUUGGGAUCAUGGAUAGAUACAGCGCUCAACUCGUCAAGGGCGCAGUUCCUAAGAGCGGUAGCUACCAGAGCCGUCUUCUGGAGAAGGUGUCUGUCCAGCAGUCUCAGAUUGAGGUCAAGGAUGUGUGCUUCGCGGGCACCGAUUCCACAGGUAUGAAUAUGGCCUCGAUUCUGUGGUAUUUGGCCAAAACUCCGGAUGCCUAUGCCCGUCUGCGAGACGAAGUCCACAAUUGCCUCUCCAAGGGCCAGGAUCCAGCGAACGGUGCCUAUCUGCGCGGUGUCGUCCGUGAAGGCCUCCGACUAUCCUGGGCCAAUCCAACCCGGCUUCCCCGCUGCGUCCCGAAGGAAGGAUGGCGGUUCAAGGGCUACUAUCUCCCUGGCGGCACCAGCGUUGGCGUUGCAGCGUUCCAGUUGCACCAGGAUGAGGCUGUCUUCCCUCAGCCCCAGCGAUUCAUGCCGGAACGAUGGCUCGACGCAACGGACGCCAUGUUGACCAAUUUCUUCGCAUUCGGCAAAGGCACAAGGACUUGUAUCGCGCAGAAUCUUGCUAUGACAGAGCUUACGCAGGCUACGUUGCGAGUGGCCCGGGCGGAUCUACUGCGAGGAGCCAGGGCUGUCCAGGACCGGAUCGAGAUUAAGGAAUGGUUUAAUUCCAGGGUUAAGGGGGAGAAGAUCUUGAUACAAUUCGCUCCGACUGGGAAGUAG